AUGGCAUGCUCAGUUAGUAGUAGUAACUCCUUUUUCCGGUGUUACUCCGAAACGCUGCGUUUUGCUCCUCGACAACAAUGCGUCCGACUAAACCCUAAUCCUUCCUCUCUCCUCUCCUUUAAUUCCUCCCCGAUUCUCGCACAGAUUCUGGGUUCUUCUUCUUCUUCGACCAGAAUUUCUCGCCGGAAUAUUCUGGUCACAGCAAAAAUGGCUGCAUCGGAGGGGUCGAUUAAUGGUACCAAUAGGAUGCUGGUGUUUGUGCCACCGCAUCCUUUGAUCAAACAUUGGAUCUCUGUUCUGAGAAAUGAUCAAACUCCUUGUCCAAUUUUCAGGAAUGCAAUAGCUGAACUAGGGAGACUACUGAUGUAUGAAGCAUCACGAGAUUGGCUGCCAACUGUUGUUGGAGAAAUAAUGUCUCCAUUGGGUGCUGCUACUGUUGAAUUCAUUGAUCCUAGAGAGCCUAUAGCGGUUGUUCCGAUUUUAAGAGCUGGUCUUGCUCUAGCGGAACACGCAUCCUCAGUUUUGCCUGCGAAUAAAAUAUAUCAUAUAGGAAUAAGUCGGGAUGAGGAAACACUUUUGCCUACGGUGUAUCUUAACAAGUUGCCUGAUGAAUUUCCCAAGAACUCGAGAGUAUUUUUGGUCGACCCAGUGCUUGCCACAGGUGAGGGAGUCUUGUCAAUUUUUGCAAUGUAG